CCGGAAAUGGAAGAUGAAUCGUGUAGCGGGAGUACAGGAGGGAAUGAAUGGUGGAGAGUAGUCAAUCGGAAAAGAAAGAAAGCUAAUAGUCAAGGAUCAUUUACGGACAGUGGAAAGGAGGAACAUCUGCUUAUCAGUGCUUCACACUCCAGUCCAGUUGGUGGCGGUAAAUGCACCAUAAGUUGGUUUGCCAUCCGCCAUAAAAACGUCAUUAGAAGAAGAAGAAGAAGGCUAGUAAAUUGGCGAAUCUGCGACUUGGCUGCGGGUGUCCUGUACGCGCGUGCGUUGGCGCGUCCGAUGAUGUCACCACUCGCGCCUUCCCUCAGUCAGUCAGCGUCGAGUCUUCUGAGGGCUGAUGGAAGUGAAGGAGGAAAGUGAAGAACUGAGUGUUGAUCAUGUUAAACCUGGAGAAAAAUAUUUGUUGCACUCAAUGACUGAAAAGCCAUUUUUAAAGAAAAAUAAAUCUUUCACCUGCACUCAGUGUGGAAAGAGUUUCACAAACAAUCGUAGUCUUGAGAUUCACCUCAGAGUUCACACGGGAGAGAAGCCGUUCACAUGUGAUCAGUGUGGAAAGAGCUUCACACAAAAAACUAAUCAUGAUCAACAUGUGAAAAUCCACACCGGAGAGAAGCCACACACAUGUGAUAAAUGUGGGAAGAGCUUCACGCUGUCAGCAAACCUUAAAGAACACUUGAAGAGCCACACCGGAGAGAAGCCGCACGCAUGUGAUCAGUGUGGAAAGAACUUCAAAAAAAAACAUCAUCUUGAGGUUCACAUUAGAGUUCAUACAGGAGAGAAGCCAUUUACAUGUGAUCUGUGCGGGAAGAGCUUCACACAAUCAUCACAGCUUCAGAACCACAUGAGAGUUCACACUGGAGAGAAGCCGUUCACGUGUGAUCAAUGUGGGAAGAGUUUCACCCGAUCGGAACACCUUAGAGGACACAUGAGGAUCCACACCGGAGAGAAGCCGUUCACGUGUGAUCAGUGUGAAAAAACAUUUGUUGUGGCAUCCUCCCUAAAGAAACACCUUAGAGUUCAUACAAAGGAGAAACCACAUUCAUGUUUUGUAUGUGGAAAGAGUUUUUCACUGCUUCACAAUUUACGUACACAUCAGAAAAUUCACACUGAAGUAAGAGAUCAUGUGUGCUUUGAGUGUGGGAAGACUUUUUCUUAUGAGAGUGUUUUAAAACUGCACCAGAGAAUUCACACUGGCGAAAAACCUUACAAGUGUUCACACUGUGACAAGAGAUUCAAUCAUUCGACAGAUCUAAAAGCACAUGAGAGGAUCCACACUGGAGAGAAACCUUACAAGUGUUCAUAUUGCAACAAGAGAUUCAGGCAGUCAACAGAUCUGAAAAGACAUGAGAGGAUCCACACUGGAGAAAAACCUUACAAGUGUUCACACUGUGACAAGAGAUUCAUUUAUUCAUCAUAUUUGAAAACACACGAGAGUUUCCAUAGUGAAGAGAAGCCGCACAUGUGUGAUCAGUGUGAAAAGAGUUUCUCUAUUAAAAGUCACCUGAAGCGACACAUGAAGAUCCAUGCAGUGGAGAAACCACAUGACCACAGUUUGAAAUCACAAACCACCAGAAAACAUCUGGAAGGAGAUGACCGAGAGAUCCAGUGAUCCAGAACCUGCAGAUGAAACAUAAUGAUACUGAAGAACAAAGAGAUGCUCUCGCUGGUUCUGGACUUACUGAAGAUGAAGAAAUCACAGCAACAUCAGUCCAGAUAAGGCAGUAAAGGCAGGUGGAGUGAUGGAGGGUCUCAUCCAUGGCUCUACACCAUUCUCAGGAUCUGCUGUGGCUCUCCAUCUCUUCACCUACUUCAAAUGCAGUCAUUUUAACAGUGCAAUGUCAUUUGAUUUCUGUAUUAGAAGUAAUAAAAUUAUCUUACUUCA